AUGAGCGGGAAUCUUAAUAGUGGUGGUUUUCGCCCUGAAACUGAUAAAAAAAAAAUUAUAAGUAGUGGUUUUCACUUUACAACUGAUGAAGAAAAUGGCAAGAAUAAUAUAGGAGGUUUUGCUCUGCAAUUAAUAAAGAAAAAAGAAAAUUUUUCUUGGGGAAUGGAAAAGAUGAUUCCUGGUACUCCUCAAGAAUAUGCAAAUAUUUACAUAGAUUGUUGGUAUUCGGAGCUGGAAAAAUGCCCUAAAUUAGUUGGAAUUUUAAAUAAUCUUGAUAAUUUAUCAACAGAACAAUUUGCAAAGUUAUCAUUAAUGAUAUUUAUACAAAAAAAUAGCAAUCAAAUUUUGGCUACGACCAUUUUUUCUGAUGCUAAACAGAAUAUAUCAAAAGUUGAAUUUGACAAAGAAUCACUUAUAAAUAAAUCUGAAGUUAAAUCUAAUGAUGUACAUGUGUUAGAAUCUAGCAGUAAAACAAAAAGUUUGGAAAUUCAGGAUAAAAAUCCAAAUGCUACCCUUUUUGAAAUUUCUAUAAAAUGUGGAAUGAA